AUGGACGAGUGGCCGGAGCACGAGCGGCCGCCGUACCGGUUCACCAUACGGCAGGGGUCGUUGUGGGAUGCAUUUAUCAGCCGCGUCGAGGCGGACGUCGGCGGCAGGCAGGCUGGUCAGGCAGGGGAGAGCCAGAGGGAGCGCGCGAUGAUUGGUGCGUUGGCGGUGUUGGGCAUCCGCGAGGAUGGCGGGUGGUACCAGGCGACGGAGUACGCGACGAAUUAUUCGGCCGUGAUCAAGGUGACCAAGAUGUUUGUUGUGUAUCAUGCAUGGUUAGAGCGGCACGACGAGGUGGCGGAGUUGACGAUAACCAAAGGUGCCGAAGCAGCAUACGAGGAGGCCACCAGCGUGUUCCAUUUGGCACGACGGCGGGCGUGGUUGGACCGGUCCCGGGAGGCGGCAACAAUGCCCAACAACGGCAACAGCCACCACCCGUACCGCGAGAAGAGGGUGCGGGCAUACGAACAGGCGUUUGAGUCGUUCCGGGAGCGGUUAUGGAUGUUAAUGCACAUGGUGGCAGGGCAGCCGGCGCAGGCAUCCGAGUUGGCGGGCAUCAGACAUAGCAACACGGCCAACGGCGGGGUGAGGAACGUGUUCACACAUGACGACAUGAUAUGUUUCGUCACGUCGUAUCACAAGAAUGACCGUCAGACGGGGACCACCAAGGUGAUACACCAGUGUUUGCCGCUCGAGGUUGGCGACGAGCGGUUGGUGGGCAGCAAGAUUAACAUCAGUGGGUGGCGGCACAUGGCCGUUGCCAGCGCUAACCGUUAUUUGAAUGGGGCAUUCGGGUGGCCCGAAGACGACGACAACGACGAGGAUGUAGGGGUGGAGGACAGCCCGGUGGAUCUACAGGCGGGACACGGCACGCACGUGGCGGGGAUGAUAUACGGGCGGUUGUACCAGGAGGCACCGUUCGGCACGGCGGCGUUGCGGGACAAGUUCCGGGCGAUCAGCCGGCAGUGGCAAUUCAAAGAACACAGCAAAGAUCUCUGCACCCUCACUCUGGGAUUAGACGCAGAUCGGAACACUGAAAUCGCCAUCCACAACAUACACAACCCGCAAAACCACGACAACCGCAUAAUGAGAUCUUUACAGCAACUACGGAAAACGCUAGAAGCCAAUCACCACAUCGAACAAAUAGUGGUAGGAGAUUUCAAACUUCACCAUAAGCUAUAG